AUGAAGAACGGCCAGCUGACGAAUGCCAAAGAUUCACACGAGUAUACAAAAGUUUUAUUGCUGGGCACUGGAGAAAGUGGUAAGUCGACGAUUCUUCAACAGUUGAGGAUAUUACACUCCAAUGGGUUCACAGAACAGGAGUUGAUCGACUUCAAACCCUUCAUCUUUAGUAAUAUCGUUUCAUCUGCAAAGGAUUUGGUUGCAGCUUAUUCAACGUUUAACGUUAAACUUGAUGAAGACGACGAAUGGUUAAGCGAGCAGGACCUCGAGGACAUUUCGCAGUCAAGUGCUCCAAUGGAUCCAAAUGCGUCUUUUGAUCCUAAACUAGCCAAGCAGAUUAUCAAGCUGUGGAAAUCUCAAUCCACCCUGAAACUGCUGAGAGAACAUAGACAGGACUUCUACAUGAUGGAUUCUGCCUCUUAUUUUUUUGGAGAAUUGGAGAGAAUAUCACAACCUGGUUUUAUACCGAAUGACACGGAUGUUAUAAGAACCAGAAAGAAAACAUCUGGUAUAUUUGAUCUCAAAUUCGAGCUAGACGGGUUAAAACUACAUAUAUUUGACGUUGGUGGACAAAGAUCAGAGAGAAAGAAAUGGAUAUACUGUUUUGAUAACGUUGCUGCAAUCAUCUUCUGUGUUGCCUUGUCCGAAUACGAUCAAGUGUUAUUAGAGGAUAAGAACAAGAACCGUCUGGAGGAGUCCUUGACGCUAUUUGAUUCCGUGGUCAAUUCACGUUGGUUCUCAAGGUGCUCCAUCAUUCUGUUCUUGAACAAGAUUGAUAUCUUUGUGGACAAGCUACCGUAUUCACCAUUGGAGAAGCAUUUCCCUGAUUACAAAGGAGGUGAUGAUCCAAACAACGCUGCAAAGUAUAUCCUUUGGAGAUUCACCAAAGUGAAUCGGUCCGGGUUACCAAUCUACCCAUAUAUUACACAGGCCACUGAUCGGAACAGCAUGAAACUUGUGUUUGUCGUUGUUAGGGAGAGCAUCUUUUCAAACAUCUUACAAGAUACCGGGUUACUCUCAUAA